UCUUUUAAGGCAGGAGGUGGGGCAGGGAGAAGAGGUGGGCACUGUAUAAAAGAAGCUGCCUUGCAAUUUCUAAAAUUCAUACAAAAACUUCCUAGGUAAGGAAACUUACCAGAUUUGGCACCUGAUGGAAACAGUGAUGGACCCAGAAGCAACCUCAGUGUAUUUGGAUUAUUCCUACAUUACAAGCGAAAAUCCUGAUAUUGAGGAGGCCCCCUCCCAUCUUCCUUAUACAUCAGUCUUCCUGCCCAUCUUUUACACAGCUGUGUUCCUGAUUGGAGUGUUGGGAAACCUCAUCCUCAUGAGCGCACUGCAUUUCAAACGGGGCAGCCAAAGACUGAUCGACAUCUUUAUCAUCAACCUGGCUGCCUCUGACUUUAUCUUCCUCAUCACGUUGCCUGUCUGGGUGGAUAAAGAAAGAUCUUUAGGAUUGUGGAGGACAGGCUCUUUCCUAUGCAAAGGCAGCUCCUAUGUGAUCUCAGUCAACAUGCACUGCAGUGUCUUCCUACUCACCUGCAUGAGUGUUGACCGCUACCUGGCCAUCGUGUGCCCAGCCAUAUCCAGGAAACUCAGAAGGAGAGACUGUGCGUAUGGAGUUUGUGCCAGUGUUUGGUUUAUCUCCUGCCUCCUGGGGUUGCCUACUCUUCUAUCCAGGGAGCUUACCCUGAUUGAUGGUAAGCCAUACUGUGCAGAGAAGAAGGCCACUUCAAUUAAACUGACUUGGGCCCUGGUGGCUUUAAUUUUUACCUUUUUUGCACCUUUGGUGAGCAUGGUGACCUGCUAUUGUUGCAUCACAAGGAAGCUGUGUGUCCGUUACCAGCAGUCAGGAAGGCAUAACAAAAAGCUGAGGAAGUCCAUAAAGAUCAUCUUUAUUGUCGUGGCAGCCUUUGUCUUCUCCUGGCUGCCUUUUAAUACUUUCAAGCUCCUGGCCAUUGUCUCUGGGUUGCAGCAAGAACUCCACUUUUCUUCAGCUUUUCUCCAAUGGGGCAUGGAGGUGAGUGGGCCGUUGGCAUUUGCCAAUAGCUGUGUCAACCCUUUCAUUUACUAUAUUUUUGACAGCUACAUCCGCCGGGCCAUUGUGCACUGUCUGUGCCCAUGUCUGAAGAACUAUGACUUUGGGAGCAGCACUGAGACAUCAGACCUCACCAAGGCUCUCUCCAACUUCAUUCAGGGGGAAGAUUUUGCCAGAAGGAGGAAGAGGUCUGUGUCGCUCUAAAAGAGACAGUGACAUUUCAAGCUCUCUUGGUGGAUUAGAGAGUUAAUUUGUGUCAGUGACAAAGAGAGAAGUGAGGUAUUCAUAUUGCUUCAUAAAUACAAGGAAGAGUUAAAUUUUAAAGAAAUGAAUAGAAAGUCCCUAUGUCUGUGGAUAUAAUUAGGCCAUAAGUUGGUUUCUUUUGGCUGAGAGACUUUAUGUGAUCCUUGCCAAUCAAGUUCACCAGGCAAAAUACAACUCUUAUGUGUCCUUGAACUCUGAGAUAAAGUCUCCUGCUUGGACCAGAUCCUUUCUUCAUGGUUGUUAAUUCAUGUUGAAGCCUUUUCCUCCCUCAGGAACCGGAAGUCACAUCAUCCUUUAUACACCCCAAAUUGGACUACAUACAAAGGAUUCUGCCUAUUUAUAUCUGGUGAGAAAUGUGGUGACAAUGCAAGUAGUAAAUAAUGUAAUAUACCUGUGCUCAGUAAUUAAUUCUUUCUGAGUAAUGAAGUGAGGUUCUGGCCUUAACCUUUAAAGGUUUGUAUGGUGAUUCUAUACCAUCUUCCAACAUUGUCUUUCACCCUACACCAUUCACAAUGACGUUGGACUGGUGAAAGCUCAUGGGGAUAAAAUCAUUUUGUAUUGUGUUUCUGAUUUGGGACUUAACUUUAUCACUUUGUCUUCAAGAGUACUUUAACAAGAAAGCCUAAGACAAUAUUUGACUUAUUUUCCUUAUAAGAUAUAUUGGUAAAAAUGGGUCUCAUGAUAAUGGUGGAGUAACAAUUUCUCAAUGAGGUUUUCCUAUGCCUUUUGUUUGUAUUGCCUUUAUAAAUUAAGAUAGGACUUUGCUCUAAUUACAUGUUUUUAAUUACCUAGCUAUCUAAUUAUCAAAUAAAAAGGUUACUACUACUGUAAUUGAAGGUCAUCAAAUGCUUAACUAUAACCUCUGCAGAUUAUUAUUUUGUAAUUUAAUUAAUGUUAGUACUACACAUUCCUUAUAGCAUUAUUUGCUUGAUGUAUGUAAUUUCAAGAUUUGAUCCAAUAAGAUAGUAAGGCAGAAUGCUCUGUAUUCAGCUGAAGUGAAAAAUCCAUAACAAAGAUGCUAUUCGUAUUUUAUAUUCAUUUUUCCAAACCCAGAGACUUUCCAGAAUUCAGAAUUUACCGAGUCGAUUUGUAAUUAUAUUCCUUUUAAAGAAUUUGAAGUAAAAAAUGAAAUUAGAAGAAACCACAGAAGGCUUCGCAGCAGCAAACUUACUAUUAUAAAUAUCUUUCAAUUCAAGAUAAAGUGGGUUAUGUUUUUACUCUCACUGUGGACUCAAAUGAAGUACUAUUCUACUUCUAAAUAAUAAAUUUGAAAAUCAGAGAAAGCUUAGAAUCUUUUCAGAGACUAGGUAAUUCAAGCUCAUCCUAUGUAUCUUUGAUGUUAAGGGAAAUCUCAAAUAUUAGACAUCUUCUCAUAUUAUAGUUUAUUUAGAAGUUUUUGGUUUUAUAAAUUGGUUGAUUUGUUAAUUUCUCUUAAACUUUUAUUAAAUAAAAUAUAAUUUCCUUA